CACCGCGACUAUAAGGCCGCCAUUAUUUCUGUUGCAGUGAAUGAGUGGGGCAGUAAGGCGGCGGUGGCGCGCAGUCGCAAGAACCUUGAAACUGCGCCUCGCGCCCUCGCACAAAAAUAGCGUCUUGCCCGCCCCCGUCGAUCUCUGCUGCUGUCGUCGCCGUGUUCAUGAGAAUGAAUCCUACAUACCUAUCAGGGGCGCAGUCUGUUGCUGCUUUUUCGUGCCGCUGCUUAUCACUGGCUCCGCUGCUCCGCUUGCUUGCCCGCGCUUUGCGCGCUGCGAUUUCUCGUCUUCCUGCUGCACGACGCGCUGCGCCUGCCCUGCUGCUGCUCCGCUUUGGGAAUCUGUAUGCCUGCUGCCCGAAUCCCCAAACCCGCCUCCUGCUUGCAAAGCGUCAUUCGUCACACGUCGGGUCUGCUCACCUCUCUCCACCCGUGAGCGCUUGUGCAGAGGCGAAAGCUGAAGCGUCUCAUAUCUGCAAGGGGGCACUUGCUCAUCUCCGGGAAACAAUAACUCCCGAAGCGGGGCCCAGGGCUCGUAUCGCGACUUCACGGGGUCCAGAUUCUAUGCCAGAGCUCAGGGACAGGAGGACUAUGGACAGCGACUGUUUUUUUUUUUUGCUACUUUUUUCUUUUUCUGCAACAGCAACGGUUUCGCAGCCCAAGAAAAACUACGGGGCCCUGUUCCCAAUCUUAAAAUGAAACCAAGAAAACUUGAGCGAGCGUCCUAUCUCCCACCGCUGCUGCUGUUGUAUGUGCUGCAUGGGUGGUUUGCAACCGAAACUCCCACCUGGCUUCACUCAGCACGUCGGGCACCUUGGCAAUAUAGCUAAAGAGCGACCUUGUGUAUCCACCAGCCUGCAAGAGGGGGGAAAAGGAAAAAAUAAAACAGAAAAAGGAAAAAAGCGAACAAACAAACAAGAAGGGUAUCUGUGCCGUCCACCAUCCGAGAAUGACGGGGAAGAGAAAUCUGUGCUUGUGUUUUUUUUGGGAUCUGGUUUUUUCUUUUUGUUGCGCGCGUGAAAAGCAGAACAUCCAACGGACCU